GCGUUUGACGGCGACGAUUUCCCUCGACUGUUGCCCCUCCCCCAGACUGGCCCAGUCCUAGUGGCCUUUGAAGAUUCAGUACAUUAUCAGAUGAACACUGAAGAUGGGAGAGCGGAGUGGGCCAGUCUAACGCCGGGUAGUGGGCUUGUUUAUUUAGGGGAGCAGCAUCGCCCGUUCUCGAUCUCGAUGUUCCACCAAUUGCGUUGCCUCGAUAUCCUACGAGAAGAUCUUGUCGGAGAAAAUAGCAACGCGGCUCUGAGCCGUCACUGCCUCAAUUACUUGCGUCAGAUGGUGAUGUGUCGCGGUGACGCUCAACUGGAAAACGUACUUGGGUCAACCGGAAAUUCUUCUCAAGUUUUCGUGCGGCCUGGGUCAUAUAUGUGUAGUAAUUGGAAUUCUGUGCUGGAGGAAGUAAAGAAGAACCAGGCUGCAGCUGAGCUCAUGCGGUAG